AUGUCAAUUUAUAAAUUUUUAGCUUGGACAUCUCCAGGGUUAUAAAAUAUUUUAAUUGAAUAACUAGCCCAGUUCAAUAUUUCAGCAAAACGGAGUAGAUUACCCAUUUAUCCAAGCUCAGCUGUGUUUUUUGAAACUUCUAUGGACAACCUGAACAAUAUAUUGUACAAGCCUACAUGCAUUACAUAUCUGAAUAUUAGAAUAAAUAAACCUAUACAAGCAAGAAACGUUAGGGAAUUUAUGAGGAAUAUGCAGAAGGUGUAAGUUCAUCCUUACAUUCCAAUGAAUGCGCAUCUUGAAAUUCGACUCAGCAUUAAAAGAUGCUUGAGGAAUCAUAGUGAUAAUUGGAGGGAUGUAAUCAAGAAUUAUCUCUUGAAUAAUAAUAAAACCAGGAAAUUGCUGACUGAGAGAAAAUAGCUACUAUUGGGAAAGGAAGAACAACCAUAAGAUUAUAUCAGUGAGACAUAUUCGCCCAAGAUUCCACUCUUAAUAAAUACGUAUCUCUAUCAGAAUUACCUGACCAUGUACGUUCAAUUGCAUCUCGAAAGUUUGCAUAAAUUUGGAUUCAAGAAAUAUAUAGGGAAAGCAACAUUAUCUGAAAAUAUUGCUGAUGCUCUGCUACAUUAUUGUGAUAUGAGAAAAGGAGUUACUGUGUGGGAUCCAUUUUGUGGUACAGGUACAAUUAUCUUGACCAUGCUCAUACGCAAAUUUAAUAAAAGCAUAAGAAAAGGGAUGUUUUUGCCUCUUUAUCAAAUGCCCAUAUUUAAGGAUACUUUUGUUGAUAAUGAAUUGAAUGAGUUAGACAUCAACAUUUUGGCCAAUGAUAUCAAUGAACAAUAGUUGAGAAUUUUCUAUAAAAACUUGGAUUGGUUUAGCAAUUUAAAAAGAAUUAUACGUCAAUAAUCACCACAAUUAAGAAGUAAAUCUUAUGAAAAUUUGAGCAUUGCUUAAUUAGAUUUUGUAAGCAUGCACAAAGAAUUCAUCAAGGGCAAAUUGUAAAAGGAUGAUUUGAUUGUCAUUACUAAUCCUCCUUGGGGUAGGACAGUAAAUUUGGAUAAAUUUAAUAAAAUGAUAAAAUUCUUAGAAACCAAUUGCAAUUAGUGUUAUUUGUUGAUUGCCAGUGAUCAAUUCUAGUUUUUUGAUAAGAGAAAGUGGGAAUUAUUGGCAGAGCCUUUAGUUGGGGGACAAUGGACUAAAAUUAUUAGGUUUGACAGAAAUAGAGAGAUUCCACUUAUUACAUCAUCAGAGAUAGUUCCUAAAGAGAACAAUUAAAUCAUCUCUUAAUCCACAACGACAGAUGUGAUAGCAAAGGAUCUCUCCUAUUAGAGAGAUAUAGAAGAAUAUGAAAAUAAAAAAAUUGUGGAUUUAUCAAAACAUUUGGGAGCCCUUUCAAAAAAGUUGAAUAAUUAAGAUUAUUUGAAACACUUAAACAAGGAGACUCGAACUGUUGCAGAAAAGCAUGCAGUAUUUCUUAAGAAAUUAAAUAUUGGAACAAAAACAAAAGUAAGAUCAAUAAUGUUGAGGAGAGCAAAUGAUUUAUAUAAGACCAAAAUAAGAAAUUUAAAUUUACAAAUAAACAAAAUUAGAGAACAAAUUAAAAAGGAGAAAAUAGAAUUAAAGAAAUAAGAAGUUAAAGACAAAGUAAUCUUGGAUAAAUACUCUUUGAAAUAAGAAGACUUAGAGAAGAUUCAAAAGGUUUUGGAUGAAAAGGCAAAGAAAAAGAGUUUGAAAUUAUUAAAAUAAGAGAAAAAGAGAUCUCAGACAAUUCCAAGAUGGUGA